AUGAUGCAGCUCGUCGUGCAGCAAGCGGACGCAGUACAUCAGCAGAUCAACUCUAUAACGGCUCUUCUAGAGCAGUUCAAUGCUCGUCGCUCAGGUUUACUUGGUGAGGCGUCGAGACGAGAGUCGGACGACACCGAAUGCCAAUGCGAAAAUGUUUGCCCUCCCCCAAGUUCGAGUUGGUCCGUAUACAGCUCGCCGACGUCUUGCUCGAAUCUUCCUGUUGAAGUACUGGGCCUCAUCUUCAACUACCUGGAUCAAGGAGACCUCGUUAGGGUUUCACGAGCUCACAAGUUCUUGAACGUCAUUGCCAACCGCGUUCUUUACCAAUCCAUCGUCGUUUCCUCCGAAUUAGCACAGUCAUCACAAUGUAUGACGGCCCUUGUAAAGCACAACCAUCUCGCGCUGCUUGUCAGGUCUAUUUCCAUUCAUUGGCCGCUCAUACACACCCCUACGAAGAAUUUGAUCGACCUGCUCAAACGAACCCUUCGUGCUUUACCCUCCCUAACAUCUCUCUUCAUCGACGUUCCCAACGAGUUCCCCCAAGUGAGCCUCGACGGUUGUCCUUUCGCCCUCCAAUCAUUCAAUACUUCCUUCCGAUUUGACCACGGACUCGUUCGGUUCCUGGAAUCCCAGCCUUCUAUUACAGACCUCUCUUUACGUGGAUUCAACUCGGAUCCCUCCCAGUUCUCAUUUAGUGCCAACACAUUCAAUCUGAACCCUACCUAUACCCCCCCAGCUUUGAGUUCAUCAGCGUUACCCAGGCUGGCCAAGGUCAAUGCUAUCCAUGCGGGACCUGAGAUCGUUUCCACUGUGGUCAAAGGCAGGCCGGUGAACACGGUGGUUAUGCCUUUAUAUGCGGAUUGUGCUAUCAAGUGUUUGGAAGCACUUACCUCUACGUCUAGACCAAUUGAAAAACUGAGCAUUAUGAGUUUUGAUCCAAACGCGCCGAAUUAUAUUUUGUCGGAGAUCUCGAAACGGUUCCCCGAGUUGGAGGCGCUGGCGGUGGUCCUGCUGUUGGCGGAGUGUUCUGAGGAAGCACUCGAAGCCGCAGCACCUUCUUUAGCUCGAUUUGAUCGCCUGAAAUAUAUUACCUUCAUGUCGGCUUCACCCAUGAUGAGUAGUCCACGAAAAGAAAGUCGUAUUGCGAGGACUUGGCAUACAUAUUGUCCAACGUUGAAAACGAUCAUAUUACCCAUGGGGAAUGUUCUUUACUUGGACAAUUCGACUUGGUCGAUCUUGACAGAGUUUUCAGCUUGA